UUCCCAGAUAUAAUGGAGAGACCUGCGUCUACCGUGGACUCGAAGUGAUCGGUUGCGAAUUUUUCCGUGUGGCGUGUUGUAUAUCUUUACGGGGAAGAUAGAGAAGUGGAGAAGGUGGCGGAACGGAAGAAGGAAGAAGAAGAGGAGGAGGCAGAGCGAGAGAAAGAGAGAGAGAGAUAGACAGAUUAGGUUAGGUUAGGUUGGGUUGAACUCACGUUCCCCCCUCUCAUUCCUCCGCUGCGGCACCACGGCGCUCCAUCUCACUUCGAUGUGCACGCCCGUUUCCAUCUGACUUGUGCACGCCUGAGGGACGAGGACGGCAUGGCAGAGAGAGAAGAGAGGUAAAGAGUGCGAGGAUAGUGCGCGACUGGUGGAUCCGAGGAAAAGCGGUAGAAAAAUACAAAUGCCGAUCGCCGAUGGAAUUUUGGUCGCUGAAUCGACCGCGGCGACCCAUCACGAAUCCCUCAAAGCUGGCAUGUUACGCUUCAUCGAGAGACUUUCAGGGAAGCGGCGGCACGUGCGCCGGAGUUCGGGCCCAGGUGGUGUCGCCCGUGUUGCCGAGGAAACGCAAGAAGGAGAGGUCAACGAUAGGGGAUGCCGCGAGGCGAGCGAGAUAUCAGUCGAGGAGAUUAGCUCGACGGUAGCGAGGAGCAAAGUUCCCUGCGACGACAGCGGGGUCGCCGGUCGCCACUAUCAUUCGCCGCCUUACCUCUGUCACCGUCAUUAUCGUAGUCAUCGUCAUUCAUCGUCGCGUCAACGAUACCACCAUCGAAGGGACAUCGAUGACGUGGGCAGCGACGGCGAUUGCAACGAUAGCGGCGACGACGAUAGUGGCGAUGACGACAGGAACGAGGCCAUCGAGAACGAUGAGAAUGACGACGAUGACGAUGACGAUAACGGCGAAGAGGAGGAGGACGAUAAGAUGUGCCUCGACCGUCUCCAUCCUCGUCUUCAUCGAUUCUAUGAUCGGCGAUCUCGCGGAAGCGGCGACGUUGACGCCGAAGUCGGGGUCCAUCGAACCGAGACGACUAUCGUCCAUCCUCUCGCACGAACCUCGCCUAUCGCGACCACCGCCGUCGCUAACCCCUCUGUCGUCACUGCCAUGGCGAGAGGAUGCAAAAUUCCGCCUUACCUCACGACUAUACUACUUCUUUCCUACACUCUCUUCGGUAUAGCAGACGCUUGCUCGUCACGUUCAACGCCAAAACCGAGGCCGCCGACGCCAACGGAUCGGCCGAAUAUCACAUUCCACAUGUACACGUGUCCACCGGAUUACGCAGAGUGGUAUUGUUUGAAUGGCGCCACGUGUUUCACCGUAAAAAUUGUCGACUCUCUUCUAUACAACUGUCUAUGCGCCAAUGGAUAUAUCGGACAAAGAUGCGAGUUUAAAGAUUUAGAUGGUUCCUAUUUACCUUCACGGCAACGAGUAAUGUUGGAGACAGCCAGCAUCGCCGGUGGUGCCACAAUAGCAGUAUUCCUCGUCGUUAUCAUUUGUAUAACGGCUUAUAUCCAUUGUAAGCGAAAACAGAAGGAAUUACGGUCGAGCAAUAACUGCGUCGAUACGGUGGAUGGUCCUGGCCGAGAUCCGGAGCUGAGGCCGUUUAGCAACCGCAGCCGCUCUCUUAUGAUCUUCAUGGCCAAGAAUUCUAACAACUCGGCGACGAUAGAACAAACGAGAAUGCCCAACUGGAAUUGUCCAGAAACGGAAUCGAUGAGGAUGGCACCCAUCAGCGAGAAUAAGCCCUCAAGCCAAUAGCGAACUACGUGA